ACUUUUCUGGGUCUAUGUCUACACGUUACGUCACGUUGGAUGUAUGAUUCGUAAACGAAUUAUAACACAUUAUUUUCAUUAUUUUCCACACCCGAUUAUCGAAGACGGAGUAUUAUUAGAUACGCGAUCCGAUUAUUGGCGAAGAUUAGAAUUGUAGGAGGAUGGAGGCGGAUCCGAGGCGUAAAGGACCGAGGAGUCCUAGUGCGGACUCGGAGGAUUCAUCGCAUAGGGCAAGGAGGUCUAGAAAGUAUGAUAGAUCUCCAUCGCCAAGAAGAGCCAGAUACCGUAGGUCUCGUUCUAGAGAUAGAAGAUCGCGUUCCAGUUCCAGGGACAGAAGAAGAAAGGAUUCUACCCGUUCGACCGAUUGGAAACAGCAAGCUGCUGCUCAGACUCAGGGAUCUACUCCUAAUCCAAGUAAUCCUGGGACUUACGUUUCUGCAGUUCACAAUCAAUACCAGGCACCUCCACCUCCAAACACCAGUCAACCACCACCACCUUUGCCAACUUACAACCAAGGAUACAAUAACUACAACUAUAAUUAUGGGCAAGGCUAUGACUACAGUUAUCAGCAACCCACUGGUUAUCGCAGUGAUUAUCCACCACCAAAUUGGCAAGGGAAUCAGGUACCUUAUAACAAUCAGCAGCCACCACCUCCUCCCACAUUAACGUCACAGCAAGAAUCAUCGAGACCUGUGGACAGUGGUUCCUCCGGGCUGGUAUCGUCUAUGGCAAGACCGGAAGACGCUAAGAAGGAAGCAAUCGCAGCUGAAGUGAAGCAACAGAAAGCGACUUUGGCUAAACAGCGGGAAGAAUACGUUAAGAAAUCGGCGACGUUACAACGCGAACUGGAGAUUUUGCGUCAGCAAUGCGAUGAAAUUGGUAAAGAAGGUGGACGAGAGAAUACUCGUAUCGUAAAAGAAAAUCAAAAGUUGCAGAUUGAAAUACAAAACAAAAUGAAGUCGAUACAUAACGUUAUCGACAUGCUCACCGGAAUUAUAGGGGACAAAGCGACCGUCGACGAUCUUAAGAGCAAGUUUAAGUUAGAGAUUAAACGCUCGAGAAGUCCCAAGGAAGACUUCCCAACGGGAAAAUCAGAGUCGCCCGAUAGAUCGUCGGCCACCGAUUCUGACAAGGACUCGAAAAUCGAAAGGGACAUAAAAGAUCGAAGAUCUCCCGAGGAUUCUAAACCUAUGUACAAUUUUGUGCAUUACGAUCCAGAAAUGCAUUGGUGUAAAGUCUGCGAUAUAUUUCCUAAAACGGCAAAGGAAUAUUUGAAUCACCUGCAUAGCAAUGAACACAAAGAAGCUUGCUUAGAACGCAAGAUAGUUGAUAUGCCGUGGCAUGAGCGGAAUGGAGAGGGAACGGAAAAGGAAGUGCCCUAUUAUCCCGGACUGCCGACGAAAAGAACGCCUAUUAAAGGGUUGCAGUUCUUUAGCGCUGCGACGGCAUGGUACUGCAAGCUUUGCGAUUCCUGGAUCGGCGAUCUCCACUGUGCAAGCUUACACUUGAAAUCCAAGCAGCAUCAAGAGAAUUAUUCUCAUUUUGUCGAGCAAAACCCACAUUGGGAAACCGAUUGGAUGGCGGAUCGCGAGAAAGCGUUCUCCGAGGAGAAGCACAAGCAGAUACAAUUGGAAUUGCAGAAGCACAAGGACGAUGAUCCACUGCCGAAAUCGAAGAAGUCAAAGAAAUCGAAGAAAAGUAAAAAGAAGUCGAAGAAACGACGGAACAGGAGCAGCGGCAGCGACAGUUCCAGCGAGUCGGAUAAUUCCGACACCGAUUCCGAUCAAGACAUGUCCAAGAGCAUUCGCGUUGCUAUGCGAAACAAGAUGAAAGCAUCGACGCAAGCGAUUCUCAACGAGGAGAUCGAUUACCAUCGAAUAAAAUUGAAGGGCCAUUGGCCAAAAGUGACGCCGCAGCACAUAAAUCAGCCAGCGACUCCGGAACCUCAGCCGGUGGAGACCGACGAACGACAACUGUUGAACUCGAUCAGAGACAAGUUGAAAGCGAAGCAAGAGGAGGAGAUGAAAUCUAUUAGCAACCGUAGACUGAGUCAGGAGAAGACUAUUGAGGAAGAAGAAGAAGAAGAGGAACAGGUCCAAUCCUCGUUUUCGAAUAAACCGAAGCCGGAGAAUUUAGAACCGUGGGGACCGAAGGAACCGCCGAAACCCUUUUGGAUAAAAAAGGAGGAGGAAAAGCCGCAACCUGUAGCGGCUAAGCCGAUAGAGUUACCGAAACCGGAGGAAAUGCCUAAGCCUCAUAUGGGAUUCUGGACGAAACAACAAGUCAACAUGAUCGUGAAACCGCCUGAAAGUAAACCUAUUGAAAAGGAGGAUGACAGGGAACGGGACAGCGACAGAUACAAAGACGAUCGUGAUCGGAAGUAUGACAGGAGGGAAGACAAAUACGAUCGUUAUAGCAGCAGAUAUGACAGGCGACGCGGACGAGACAGGGAUCGGGAUCGUGACCGGGACAGGGACAGGGAUAGGGACAGGGACAGGGAUAGGGAUAGGGACAGGGACAGGGAUCGCGAGAGAGAUUACUACGAAGAUCGUAGGAAACGGGACAGCAACGAGUCGCCCCGACGCGAAAGAAACUGGCGCGACAGUCCAAAGAGGGGUUACGAGAAGUACGGAAAGGAUAGAAGGGAGGAUAAUUCAUCUAACGAUGAGUCAAAAUUCGAGAAGAAGACAAACGAAUCCGCUUCGAAAUCGAAGAAGGGAAACGUGCAGUCGAAGAAGUCAACGCCUCAAGUAUCGAAAGGUAAAUUACCUUUCAUUGGUCGAUUGCCGCUGUUCAAGAAAAAGACUGAGGAACCAAAAUUACCGGAAAAAGACAUUACCCCGCUUCCUUAUCAGCAAAGUAAAUUUGAAGAUACGCCAAAAGUUCCGAACGAAAUUAUAAAUCCACCGGGUGUGGUGCAUAUCACAAAAUUAGCUACUCCACUAAAUCUGGGCACUAACAACAUUGCCUCCAGCAAUAGUACUAACGUUAUUUCUACGGCUAGUAGUGGCGGUAGUAAUGCGAGUACUUCGCCUGCCCAAAAUAAGAAUCAACAGAUGAAGAUACUGGUCGCCCCGCCACCGCCUGUGUUAAACGAAGCAAAACCUACUCAACAGGUAGUCGAUAUGGAGAUCGAAGAUCAGGUCGAGGAAACGGUAAUAGAAGAGCCGAUUAUAGAGCAACAGAAGCAGACGCAGAGUAUAUCGAAGUUACCUUUGCCUCCACAUCCUCCGCCACCUUUGAACAGACCACCCCCUUCUUUCUCGGCACAGCCUCAACAGGAAACCGCGCAAACCAGGCCGCAGUUCCCAACGAACCGACCACCUCCAUCAUUUAUAACUAAUCCACCGCCAUUCGUUCAGACUCAAACACGGUUCGCUCCACAUCAAUCGGUACGUCCGGUUCAAACGCAUCCCUCUUUCAUGACGACCCCGCCGCCGCAGAUACCGGCGGUCCCUACUUUCGUUCAGAGUCAAGCACCGCCGCCUCCGCUGCCGACCGUCGAAAACGCUGCACCAGACAUCUCCGAGAUCCCAGAACCCACUGAGAAACGAUCCGACCCCAGCAUUCCUCUGCCCGACGAUCUGCAGGAGGCUUUAAAUAUCAUAUUCCCGAAAGAAGAGACAGAAAUGAAACAGCAAAGCCAACAGGAGGCCAACAUCAUGUAUUCGUCUAUGUACAGUAUGUUGGGAUGCGUUGGCUACGGGCCAGAAUACAUGGAUCAACCGCCACCGGAGAUCACCCAGGCAGACACCGAGGUGGACACUCAACCAGGACCGGAUGACUUAAAAAUGUUAGGCAUCGACGAGGGUGAUACAAUCCUAUAAACCUUUUUCCGGACUCUCACUUUUAUGAACAAGUUUUUCCGACUUCUCCAGUUUUUUUUUUAUAAGAAUGUGUAACGUUAAACUUUUCGUGGUUCACUUUUAAUUAGGUAUUUGAUGCAGUAUACAUCCGCUGUUCACAAUUUUCUGAUCAUUCACUGAUGCGAAACGUGACGCGUAUGUCUGUCGAUGUGAACUUUAUAGACACGUUUAAAUGGGAUUAUGUAAUUAUUUUAAAUGGGAAAUAGUAAAUGUUUCUCUUUUGCUUA